UAUGUCCUGCUGUCAGGUCCAGGCACCUUAGAGCUGGAAAAGGCUUAUGACAAGCUGCGAGAGCAGGCGGAGCGAUCUCUACGAAAUAAUGCCUACAGUGUUGUGAAUUUGGGCAGCCUGUUCCAACCUCUCCUAUGGGACAGUAAAGCUGAAAACUGCAGUGGGAAGAGCUGAGGAACUUCUAUCAAGCAACGUGAAGCAAUGGAAACCUGGACCCCUGUUAAGCUAAAUCUCAUCUCUGCAGCUGACCAAAAUAUGGGCAUUGGCUGGAAUCAGAAACUGCCAUGGCAGAUUCCCUCAGAAUUCCACUACUUCCUUGAGAUGACUACCAAACCUCGUGUUACUGGCAGCAACCGUCAGAAUGCCGUCAUAAUUGGUCACCGUACUUGGGAAACCAUGGAUGCAUUGACCUCCAAACCUCAUCCUGGUGCCUUAAAUAUUGUUUUAAGUAGGUUCAACCCACCGGAACCAUUGGCAUAUCCCAACACAAUUGUAUGUGCCUCACUGGAUCAGGUAGUGAAGAUGUUAUCAACAGAUCCAGAAUAUGAAGGUUUGAUAGACACAGUGUGGGUGCUGGGUGGGGCAGAGGUCUAUCAGACAGCUCUCAAAUCACGGUUCUUCCAUCGGCUGUACCUGUCUAGGAUUCGAGCUGUUUAUCCUUGUGAUGUGUUUUUUCCAGAAGAGUUUGAUGAAAACUUACUCGUUAGAGUCAGUGAUGACAGAAUUGGUGACAGCAGGGUUCUAACUGGUGUCCAGAAAGAUGAUGCAACUGGUGUAGAGUUUGAAGUCUGUGUUUAUGAGCAAAGGGACCAGGAUAGCACAUCUCUAUGAGACACUGUUCCAGUAGUGCUCAUGAAACACAACAGAAUAAAAAUUAUUGUGUGGUGGUGUUGAAUUCAUUUCAUAUUCAAAUUGUUUUUGAUGGUACAAGAGAUUUCAUAAGAAACCCAGAUUUAAUGUUUUGUACACAGAUUAAUUUUGUUUUACAUCAAUCCUCUUACUACACUACAGCCUGUGCAAGUUUUUGCGGGUUGUUUUGUAAAUACUGAGGAGUCUGUGCCCAAGAUAUAAAUCGGAAAGUGUCAGAUAUAGAAUAUUUUACACAAUAAUAUAUUGUUUUAAUGUGUAUUGUAUUUCAAUGCAUAGUUUUCACACAGUUAUUAAACACUUUUGCUUGGAUGUGUGACUUACAUGAGAAUUUAUAAAAAUGAAACCUCUUCAAAAAAUCUCGGUAGGAAUAAACCUGGGUUAAUUUUAGAGACUACAAAAGAGAAGGGUGGAUAAUGGUGAUGGGUGGUCUUUAUGGAUGACAAGAAAUGAGAAUAAAUGUCCUAAAAUUAAAUACUAAAUACCAACACACAGGUGAAAUGUAUUUAUUCUCCAUUCAUGCUUAAUAACCACUGCAUUCAAAGUGACUAGUGUAUAAUCUAUUCCAUCUUUCUCAUUCCCUAAUUUUUUAGUGCCAAGCUCAGAAUUUUUGGCAUCAUUUCUUUUUUAAAUUAAAAAAAUUGAAAACCAAAAUAUUAUAAAAAUUAUGCUGGAUAGCUGUUACAGAGCAAACAUUUUCAAAUUAAUGGAAACUCUCCGGUACAAACUGGUAUCUGUAACUUAGACUGUCCUGUGGAAUUACUGUGUAUAUGUUUUUGUUUGGGGAAGUAACACAGAAACAUUUUCUUUGUAAAGCAGUUAUUUAAAAUCCAGAUUUAUGUUCUUUACACACGAGAAAAAUUAUUUACACAAGUAAGUUGAACCACAGUCCAUCAAAACACUCCUGUUAUGAUGAUACUGUAAAAUGUGAUUCAAUAAAGAUGGGGACAUGAGACUUGUA